CACUGCUUUGUUUUUAUUUGACAUUUGGUGAUGUCUGCUGUAAUCAGGUGUUAUUUAAUAACAUAAAACAAAACUAUUUUGAUAAAAAUACGGUUGCACGUAGAAGCAAAAAUUAUCGAAAUUCGCUGUAUAUUUUGUGAAAUAAGUGAUAUAUUACUAUACUCUUCUAUUCAGUGAAUUGUAUUUGCAUAAGUAACAACAAAACAACCAACGCGUACAAUACGCACAGCGUGAAGAAGAUAAGCAAACGCGACAGCGUAGAAUAUUAGCGAUUGGCUCAAAUAAUUGUUGAUUGACACAAAUAGAUAAUGUUGUCUUUCAUCAGACGAAAACUAUCGGAGUCGGACUCGGGGAGCGGCAACAAUACAACGCUUUCGAACGCUUCAACAGCCGGCACGAUAGAUAAUAUGCUCGCACAAAAAACCACUCAAAUGUCUUUGGGUAACGAGGCUAUACCAAUUGGAGAAGACGCGUUGCUGCAGGAGUUGGGCUAUAGAAACGCAAAUGAUCUGCAAGAAACAGUUUACGAUGUACUUCGUACAAUACGAGAUCCCGAGAAGCCAUGUACAUUAGAAGAUCUCAAUGUUGUCUAUGAGGAAGGGAUCAUGGUGCAGCCUUCAACAAAAUCAAAUGUUUCUGUGGUACGCAUUGAAUUUAAUCCCACUGUGCCACAUUGCUCUUUGGCUACACUCAUUGGACUAUGCAUUCGUGUCAAAGUCGAACGCAGCUUGCCGCAUAAUAUUAAGUUGGACAUAUACAUUAAGAAGGGCGCGCACACAACGGAGGAUGAAAUAAAUAAGCAAAUAAAUGAUAAGGAGCGCAUUGCUGCCGCUAUGGAAAAUCCAAAUCUGCGUGAACUAGUGGAAAAUUGUAUAAAAGAGGAAGAAUGAAGAACGACUUAAAAACUAGACAAAGGAAUAAAAUUAAUUGUAGUGCAUAGAUACGGUUAUUUAAAAUAAGAAAUUUAAUACAAAGUAAUAAGCAUCUACAACAUGUAUAUAUUUAGAUUUUUUAUGUGCAUAUAUAUUUUUUAAUAUACGUUCAAAAGCUGGUUUUUGUUAAGCUGUCUUUAGAGUCACUA